CACACACCCUCCUCCCCCGCGUCGCCGUCACGUCAGGGUUUUUCCGUCGCUCUGCGUGGAUUACUCGCCUUGUUUAUUUAAUUACAGCUUAUGUAACCCCGCCUGACUUCAAAGCGCCGCUCCGCACGAGGAUCCCCCUCAACCUUGCGGGCGCAGCGGAUGCGCCACUGGUCCUGACGGUGACUGCGCUGACCUGGAUCCAUCCCUGUGACAUGGCGGAGCCCGGCCUCCCGUCGCCCUCUGACCCGCUGCGCCCUGAAGCGCCCCUCCCCCUGUCCCUCCCCGUCCUGAAGGAGGGGGUCCGGCUGUGGGAGGAGGGGAAGGAGGCGGCGCUGCCCCGGGACCUGCCCAGCCCGCUGCCGACCAGACGCACCCGCUCCUACUCGGCGACGGUGCGAGCUCACUCAGGGCCCGUCUUCAAGGGCGUGUGCAGCAACUUCUCCAGGUCACAAGGUCACGGCUUCAUCGCGCCGUCUCGAGGCGGUGACGACAUCUUUGUCCACAUCUCAGACAUCGAGGGCGAGUACGUCCCGGUCCAAGGUGAUGAGGUCACUUAUAAAGUUUGCCGAGUUCCGCCCAAGAACCUGAAGGUGCAGGCGGUGGAGGUGAAGAUCACACAUCUGAACCCGGGGACCAAACACGAGACCUGGUCGGGGCAGGUCAUGAGCUCGUAGGGCCGGAGGGCUGCUGGGUCGGGCCGGGCCGGGCCGGGCCGGGUCGGGUUCUGGACCCGCAGUGCUUCUGGUUUUACCUUCACAGCUGUGUGUCAAGUAGUUCGACUUGUCUCCAUUAAAUUCAGAUUUGCUGUGUUGGUAAAACUGGACGUUCAUCAAACUGUGAAGCUUCCUCUCCUUCAGUUCACCAGGAUUAAUGUGUCUGUGAUGUUUGUAAAGAUGCUACCAAAUGCUGGUUUUCAAAACAGGAACAAAUGUUAAAUCAGGCUUUAAGGUUCUUCCACUAAGCAGAUGUUGGUGCAUCGUCAACGUGAAAACUCCAUGUUUGUAGUUGUUUGUGUCAUUUACUGACUGUGAGCGUUUGUCUGUCGCUGCCGUUUUCCUCAUCAUGACGUUUGUUCACUAAAGCAUUUUAUCACUUAC